AUGGAACCAAAGAACGUCAAACCCCAUUGCUUGCAUUGCCCCUGCUGGCCGGGACGCCGCCGCCGCCAAACUGCCAGAGGGGAGAAACCCGAACCGGUCGACGGCGCGGGCUUGCCCCAUGCUCCUCUUUCCCGUCCCGCGGGCAAAGACCCCGGGCCGCGCGAACCCCGCCACGAAGUGAAAAAAGAGAAGUUUGGUUUUUGGAGUCCUCUGUACAUUGGCCAUCGGCAGAACCACGUGGGGUGUCGAAGUCCGUGUGGCUCAAUGGAAGAGCAUCUGACUACGGAUCAGAGGGUUGCAGGUUCGAGUCCUGUCACGGAUGUUUUUCGUUCACAGAAAAAUCCGUCCUUCAUUGGUGGUUUUUUUUUUUGUUUUUUUUUUUUUUUUUUUUGGCCUUCCGGGGGGAAGCGCGGGCAUCCGAGGUCCUUCAGCAGCCAUUCUGCAUUACGAAAUCAAGGGGCCGACACGACCCGCAUGCUAAACGCCAAAGCAACAUCUAAGGGAAUGGGCGGAAGAACAACCGCGGCCUGGUUUGCUGUUGUUUUUCUUUUCUCUUGCGCAAGCAAAGAACCCCAACAGCCGUUGCCAGGCACCGCCCCCGCCGCGCGAGCGGCAUCGGGGGGAACCUUGCCUAAUCCCAAUCCUUUUUUUUUUUUUUCAAACACCCGCAGCGGGAGAAAGGGUUAA